CGGGAACCGUAGGGAGUUAACUAAAUAAGGCAAAAUAGCGGAACUGGCGGGAGCGGUUGACGCGUGGAUGACGCCAUGAGGACAGCGGGACAAUAACAACGCGGGGCAUUGUGGGGAGUAAAAAGUAAACCGGAGGUAUUGUGGGUAAAAUAGUGGCAAAUGAAUGAAAAGCUGAGUACAACACACGCUGUUCUCGGAGAACCGGGGAAGACCUCGACCGGCACUCAGUACACCUUCAGGAGGAGAUCAGGACCUGAGAGACAUGGACCAGAAGGCUUCUGUGGCACGGGUGUUCUGGGAGCGGUCAGAUGUGGACGGGGUUCUGGACAGAGUGUGUGGAUACCUUGAGGCACUGCGGGGCCGCCUGAAGGGCCAGACCGCCACGCACACAGACUAUGUCCAGGGCCUCAGGCUGGUGCGGCUGGUGGAGGCGGGGUCAACCCCCGGGACUGCUGACUCCUCCCCCAUCCAUGAUGUCAUCAACACAGGGCUCCUGAACACCUCCGAGGAGGAGGAGGAGGUGGAGGAGGAGGAGGUGGUGGAGGAGGAGGAGGAGAUGGAGGAGAUGGAGGAGGAGGAGGUGGAGGAGGAGGUGCUGUCUGCUGACCAGCAGGAGGAGCAUGUGUCUGGCCCUCAGGUCCUCUACCAGCCACACCAGUGCACCAAGGCCUGCGUGCCCAGCCUGCCCAGGUGCAACCAGCCCUUCUGGGGGCAGAACCCCCUGAAGGUGCCCCAGCUCUGUGGCUUCAGGAGGCUCGGCGGGCAGGAAGUGACCUCAGAGGACCUCGUCUACGUCACCCCCUGUGGACUCUGCCUGCGUAGUCAUGACGACGUGAUGCGUUUCCUGUUCGCCACAGAGAGCUACGACGUCCUGCAGGUGGAGUUCUUCACCUUCAACGCGGCGGUGCGGCUGGACCCGCCCCUCGCGGCCGGGCCCCGCCUCCCGGAGCUGGACCUGAGCCGCGGCCUGGAGCCCGCCCCGGUGGAGCUGUGCCCGGGCGCGGCCGGGGAGCGGCCCCGCGACUUCCGCUACCGCAAAGACCGCUGGCCGCACGGCUGCUUCCUGUCGCCGCCGGCGCUGUUCCACACCUGCUGCGACUGCGAGGACGGCUGCGAGGACGCCGCCCGCUGCGCCUGCCGGGGGCGGACCGCCGGGGCGGGGGGCUACGCCCACCACAGCCUGCCCCGCCCCCUGGAGGCAGGGCUGGUGGAGUGCGGCCCCUGGUGCGGCUGUGAGCGGGCGCGCUGUCAGAACCGUCUGGCCCAGCGGGGGGUGAGGGUCCGCCUCCAGGUGUUCCAGGGCUCCGCCCACGGGGGCUGGGGAGUGCGUUGCCGUGACGACCUGGACCAGGGCACCUUCAUCUGCACCUACGCCGGGCUGGUCCUGAGGAAGGGGCGUGACCCAGAGCAGGCUCCGCCCCCGGGGGGGUUGGGGGCGGAGCUCCCGUCCGACGACGACGUGGAGGUAAUCACUGAGUGGCUGGUCCCGCCCCUGACAGACGGAGCCCCGCCCACCGCAGCCCCGCUGCAUGUCCCGGUCAUCCAGGGACCGUCAGAGACGCCCCGCCUGACCCCUCCCAUAGCCCCCCAAGAGUCCCUGCAGACCCAGACCCAAGAGACCCAGACCCUACAGACCCAGACCCUACAGACCCAGACCCUACAGACCCAGACCCUACUGGACCAGACCCUACAGCACCAGACCCUACAGACCCAGACCCUACUGGACCAGACCCUACAGACCCAGACCCUACAGACCCAGACCCUACUGGACCAGACCCUACAGACCCAGACCCUACUGGACCCGACCCUACAGACCCAGACCCUACUGGACCAGACCCUACUGGACCAGACCGUACAGACCCAGACCCUACUGGACCAGACCCAAGAGACCCAGAUCCUACUGGACCAGACCCUACUGGACCAGACCCAGACCCUACUGGACCAGACCCAAGAGACCCAGACCCUACUGGACCAGACCCAAGAGACCCUGACCCAAGAGACCCAGACCCUAUUGGACCAGACCCUACUGGACCAGACCCUACAGACCCAGACCCUACUGGACCAGACCCUACUGGACCAGACCCUACUGGACCAGACCCUACAGGACCAGACCCCACUGGACCAGACCCUACAGACCCAGACCCUACAGACCCAGACCCUACUGGACCAGACCCUACAGACCCAGACCCUACAGGACCAGACCCUACAGACCCAGACCCUACAGGACCAGACCCAAGAGACCCAGCCGAACCUGGACCCAGAGCCCCUGAAUGGGGCCGGCCAAUCAGCCGUGCGGGAGGAGCCAGUUGCCGUGGCGACCGCUGAGCACAGGUUCAGGGCUCCACCAGUGAGGAAGAGGAAGAGAGAGGAGGAAGACGUUUACUAUCUGGAUGCCACCAAGGAGGGCAAUGUGGCUCGCUUCCUAAACCAUAGCUGCCGUCCGAACCUCUUCACCCAGAGUGUCUUCACGGACACCCAGGACCCCACCUUCCCCCUGGUUGCCUUCUUCACUUCCAGAGUGAUCAAGGCCGGCACCGAGCUCACCUGGAAGUGCUCUCCGGACACAGGAAGUUCUUCUCAAGGACAGGAAGUGGCGUGCCAGUGUGGGCAUGAGGACUGCGAGGGUGUCACCAACGGCAACCAGGCGGUUUGUGAAGUGUGUGACGCGCAUGAGGGCGUGCAUGAGGGCGUGCAUGAGGGCGUGCACGAGGGAGUGCACGAGGGUGUCUGCGGGCCAGAGGCGUGACGUCACAUCACACCGUUCACCAGAACCAACCGUUGUUUUUUUUACAUUUUUCUACGAUCCCACGUUGAAUUAAAAGGUUUCUACAGUC